AUGUCUCUGAAUUGGAUCUCCAAAAACGUGUCUAAUGACUUCUGCGAGGGUGUUCGGGCAAGAUUAGUUGACAAGGACUUUGCACCAAAGGUGCCUGAUAUUAUAGACAAUGCAUAUGUGAUUGUCAUCUGGUCAUUGUCGGUUCCUGUUGAUAGAUGUAAACGCUCACAGAAGCUGCAGCCACCAGGUCCAUGGAAGCUACCACUUAUCGGUAACUUGCACAAGAUGGUUAGUCCCUUACUGCACCAUGUUUUGAGGGACUUGGCCAACAAAUAUGGGCCCAUAAUGCACCUCCAGCUCGGCGAGAUUUCAGCUGUAGUCAUUUCCUCACCACAAGUAGCCAAAGAGGUGUUGAAGCAGCAUGAAAUCAGCUACGCACAAAGGCCUCAAACUCUUGCUGUUGACAUCAUGUCAUAUAAUGGCUCAAGCAUGGUCUUCUGUCCUUAUAGUGACUACUGGAGACAAGUACGCAAGAUUUGUGUCACUGAACUCCUAAGCGUCAAGCGCGUCCACUCAUUCCAACCCAUGAGACAACAAGAAGUAGAGUAUCUUAUACAACUCAUUUCAUCAUCUUCUUCACAGGGCCUAAUUCCCAUCAAUUUCAGUGAGAAGAUAUUCUCAUGGUCCAAUACCAUCAUUUCCAUGGCUGCAUUUGGUAUGACUUGCAAAGAUGCUAGCCUCUUCACACAAAUGCUGCGCGACUUGAAUAAACUCGCAGGAGGUUUUGCAUUGCAUGAUAUAUUCCCUUCACUUAAAAUUGUUCAUUUCAUUAGUGGGACAAAACCUGCGCUGGAGAGAAUGCACCGACAAAUGGACAAGAUUCUAGAUUCCAUUGUUAGCGACCACAAAGCCAAAAGGAAAAACAAUGAUGUAUCUGCCAUGGAAGAUCUAGUUGAUGUGCUUCUAAAAUUUGAGGAGACCUCGGACCUCAACUUCUCUCUCACAACUGACAACAUCAAAGCUAUCAUAUUGGACAUUUUUGGAGCAGGAAGUGAGACUUCUGCAACAACCAUAGAAUGGGCUAUGUCCGAAUUACUAAAGAACCCAAGAGUAAUGGAGAAGGCACAAGCUGAGGUCCGAGAGGCAUUUACAGGAAAGAGCAAUAUUGACGAAGCAGAUGUUCAAGAACUAAAUUAUUUGAAAUUGAUUGUGAAAGAAACUCUAAGGUUACACCCUCCCACUCCCUUGUUACCAAGAGAAUCAAGAGAAAUAUGUGAAAUUCAUGGAUAUGAGAUACCGGCUAAAACCAAAGUGUUGAUCAACAUGUGGGCGAUAAAUAGAGAUCCAAAACAUUGGGUCGACGCAGAUUGCUUUCAACCAGAGAGAUUCCUUGAUUCUCCCAUUAGUUUCAAGGGGACUAACUUUGAAUACAUCCCAUUUGGUGCAGGUAGGAGGAUGUGUCCCGGUAUAUCAUUUGCUAUGGCAAGCAUUGAACUUGCACUUGCUCGGCUGCUCUAUCAUUUUGAUUGGAGACUCCCUAAUGGAAUCAAAUCAGAAGAACUCAACAUGACAGAGAUAUUUGGAAUAAGUUCUAAGAGAAAAUAUGAUUUGGAGUUGAUUGCCAUCCCCAUGUCCUCUGCUGUUUGACCCAAAAAAAGGUAUGAAAUGAUGUAUGAAUAAUC